AUGAAUCUGAAUAAAAAAUUAGCUUGGUUGAUUGAAAGAGACCAAAACAUAAACUCAAGAAAUUCAUCUCAAAAUAGCUACAACUCAUCCUCUUCAAUGAGUUCAAUAGAUUUAAAUGGUUCUAAUCAAAAAAAUCAAUUAAAAAAUCUCGAUACCUUUCUACCUUCUACCACUUCUGCUAAUAAUAUCACCAAUAACAAUAAAGAAUACACCAAUAAUUCUAAAAGCAAUACCAACCAAACCUUUAAGAGAAACACAUACAAAUCAGAUAACUCUUCAGCUUUCAGUUUAACACCAUCUUCUGUGGCAUCCUCUUUUUCGUCUUUUGAUUUUGAAUCACAUUCAUUUUUGAGCUCAAAAAACUCGCAAAAAAAAACACCAGCUCUUUCAGAUUUUGAUAGCGAUGAUGAUGAUGAAAAUAAUAACAAAAGUAAUGUUGAAAACAUUUUUAAUUACACAAAUAGUAUAAUCGAUAUCCCAAUCAUAACUUCCGAUCCAAACAUAAAACAAAUCAAUUGUAAUACCAAUGGAAAUAAUAAUAUUGAUAGUAAUAAUAAUAAUAAUAAUAAUAAUAAUAAUAAUAAUAAUAAUAAUACAAAUAAUCAAAUAAUAAAAUCAACAUUUGCCUUAGACUUGUCUUUGCUCUCAAAUGCUAUAAGCUUCAUAUCAAAUAUUAAAUCUAUUAAAACUAUAACAACUUCAUUAUACUCCUUACUUUUCAAUUUUUGCAAAAAUUCAGACUAUAUUUCAACUAAAACUGAAAAUAAAUUACAUUUACAAAGCUUUUUAGUUGGCAUAUUUAUAUCUUCUAUAAGUUCUUUUCUAAGGCCAAUUAUAUCUUAUUAUAUACAUUUGCUACUAAAAUCAAUUUUAAGAAUACUUAUGCAUUUUAUCAUAAUUGUUUUUGUUUUAUUUAUAAUAUACUAUUCCGGAAAAUUCUAUAUUAAAAGUAAGAAGACAACUUCUCACUCAAUUAAAACACGAAAACAAAUUAAUUAUUACAAUAAUAUUCAAAACAGCCAUAAUAAUCAUAAUAAUCAUAAUGAUUCUAAUGAUUCUAAUGAUUCUAAUGAUCCUAGUCCUGCUUCAAAUCAAAAAAAGAUUGUUCAAUCACAAAAGCAAAAAAUAACUGAUAAUACAGAUAUUGAGAAAAUAAAAAAAAAAAUAUCUUUAAAUGAUCAACUAAAUCAAAAAAUUUCAACAGAUAUAAAAUACACUAAAUCAGGAUUCUUUGAUUCAAGAUUAAAAUCAAAGUUUGUUGAUCAAGUUAGAUUAAAUGAAAAACUUAAGAAAAUGAAUUCUAUAAACAACUCAAGAAACACACAAUCAACAUCAAUACUGGCCCCCAAAAUAAAAUCAAUACUGGCCUCCAAACUAACAUCAUCACCAAACUCUCCUAGAAAACUAGAAAAAUCAAACUCUUUAACACCACACUCACCUAGCAGGUCACCAAAUAAAUCGCCCAUUAGAUCCCCAACGACUCUACAGGAUUAUUCCAGAUUAUCUCCUCAACAAAAAGAAUAUAUGAAUUAUCAAAACACGUUGAAACAUUACAAUGAACAAACAGCCAAAUAUAAUCAAAAUGAAAGCUAUAACGUUUCUAAAGAAAACCUUCUGAGAAGAGCCCCCUCUCCAGAAAAAAAUAAAGAUUAUCUUGCGACACAAUUAAGCAAUCCAUAUUCAAAAUUAGAAAGACAGAUCAAACCUCCUAGGGAGAUGCCUCAAUUGUUUCAACAAAAUCCUAUGAAUUUUCAAAAUAAUAUAGUCCGAACUCCAACAAUGAUCAAAGUCUAUAAUCAGCAACAUGAUCCAACAUUAUCACCUAAACUGAGUAACCAUUCAACUCAUUCAUCGUCGACAUCCUCAUUAGUAACCCAUUCCCCUACAAGAUCACCAAUUACUCGACCAAUAUCACCAAGAAGAUCUCCAAGAGCAGAACCAGCUAUAAAACUACAAAAGCAAACCUUUGCCCCAUUGCCAAUUAAAACUUCCCACAAUUCAGUUAUAGAUAUUGAAGCAUUUAAUUCUGACAAGAUCUUAAAUCAAAGAUUGAUGAACAUCGAUAGAAACACAUUUAAUGAUUUUAAUCUGGUGCCACGUAAUGAUCCAAAUCCAAUUUCAAUUAAUAAUUUGGCAGCAAGAAAAAACUAUCAGAAUUUUUCUGGAAAUGCUCUAAAUAGAAUGGUGUAA